AUCCGGAGAAGCCCCCUCCUUGGGACCCCCGCUGGGGGAGGGGGGCGACCCCGCUGCGGGCCCUUUAAGGUGCGGCGCGCUCACCCGAAGUGCGGGCAGGCGGCCCGGGAGGCGGCGCGGGGCCCGGAGCCGGGUGGGGAGGUCCCGCGUGCGCGCCCUCCCCCGCCCCUCCCCGCCCGCAGCCCGGCCUCGCGCCCCCGGCGCCCCAGCGGGCCAUGCCGCGGCUCUGAACCAUGUCCUCCUCCUACGCCAAGAACGGGACCGCGGACGGGCCGCCCUCCCCCACCGCGCAGGUGGCCCGCGGCACCACGACCCGGAGGAGCAGGUUGAAGAGAUCCGAUGGCAGCACCACUUCCACCAGUUUCAUCCUCAGACAGGGUUCAGCAGAUUCCUAUACAAGCAGGCCAUCUGACUCCGAUGUCUCUUUGGAGGAGGACAGGGAAGCGAUUCGGCAAGAGAGGGAACAGCAAGCAGCUAUCCAGCUUGAGAGAGCAAAGUCCAAACCUGUUGCGUUUGCCGUGAAGACGAAUGUCAGCUACUGUGGCGCCCUGGAUGAGGAUGUGCCUGUUCCAAGCACGGCCAUCUCCUUUGAUGCAAAGGACUUUCUACACAUUAAAGAGAAAUAUAACAAUGAUUGGUGGAUAGGAAGGCUGGUGAAAGAGGGUUGUGAGAUCGGCUUCAUCCCAAGUCCACUGAGACUGGAGAACAUACGGAUUCAGCAAGAGCAAAAGAGAGGACGUUUCCACGGAGGGAAAUCGAGUGGAAAUUCUUCUUCAAGUCUUGGAGAAAUGGUAUCAGGGACAUUUCGAGCAACUCCUACAUCAACAGCAAAACAGAAGCAAAAAGUGACGGAACACAUCCCUCCUUACGAUGUUGUGCCAUCGAUGCGUCCGGUGGUGCUAGUGGGGCCGUCACUGAAAGGUUAUGAGGUAACAGAUAUGAUGCAGAAAGCCCUCUUUGAUUUCCUGAAACACAGGUUUGAUGGGAGGAUAUCAAUAACAAGAGUGACAGCUGACAUUUCUCUUGCUAAGAGGUCUGUCCUAAAUAAUCCCAGCAAGAGAGCAAUAAUUGAACGUUCGAACACCAGAUCCAGCUUAGCCGAAGUGCAAAGUGAAAUUGAAAGAAUCUUUGAACUGGCAAGAUCUUUGCAGCUGGUUGUUCUGGAUGCAGACACCAUCAAUCACCCAGCACAACUCAUAAAGACUUCCUUAGCACCAAUUAUUGUUCAUGUAAAAGUCUCAUCUCCAAAGGUUUUACAGCGGCUGAUUAAAUCUAGAGGAAAAUCCCAAAGUAAACACUUGAACGUUCAACUGGUGGCAGCUGAUAAACUUGCACAAUGCCCUCCUGAAAUGUUUGAUGUCAUAUUGGAUGAGAAUCAGCUUGAGGAUGCGUGUGAACAUCUAGGAGAGUACCUUGAGGCAUAUUGGCGUGCUACCCACACAACCAGUAGCACCCCCAUGACCCCACUGCUGGGGAGGAAUUUGGGCUCCACAGCACUCUCACCAUAUCCUACUGCAAUUUCUGGGUUACAGAGUCAGCGGAUGAGGCACAGCAAUCACUCCACAGAGAACUCUCCAAUUGAAAGACGAAGUCUAAUGACCUCUGAUGAAAACUAUCACAAUGAGAGAGCUCGGAAGAGUAGGAACCGCUUGUCUUCCAGUUCUCAGCAUAGCCGAGAUCAUUACCCUCUUGUGGAAGAAGAUUACCCUGACUCAUACCAGGACACUUAUAAACCACACAGGAACCGAGGCUCACCUGGGGGAUACAGCCAUGACUCCCGACAUAGGCUUUGAGGCUGCCAAAAGAACAUAAAAAAUAUUCAUUUGUUGACAAUUUGUCAUAGCACUGCUAGGAUAAACCAAUCAUUGUAACUUGGCAAGCACAGCACAAUUAUUGUGCUGUGGGCUGGUGUCAUUUGAUGCUAAGUAAGGGGCAAAAAAAAAAAUACAUUAUGCCCUUGAAUCUAGAUGGAUAAUAGAUGCCCUGUCAUAUAGAUAUUUUUAAGUGUAACAUUUACAUAACAGUACCUUUUGUUUUCUUCAUAGAUUUAGACACAUCAAUUUGUAAUUUUAGGGUAUUUAUGAAGGCACAUACAAAAUAAUUUCCCAUGCUGGAAAUUCCAAAUGACCAGUUCCAGUUGGAACCAAUUUAUAAACCAAUUCCUGUUGGAAUUUGGGUGAAUUGACUGGAAGUCUACUUGAGCAUGUUACAACCAACUGAACAAUCGGGAAAAAACUAAACCUAAACGAUAAGAAAUUCACAAUACCAACAGAAACCAAAACCAGCUAUAGUAUUUAUUUGUUGGAAGCUAAAUUUACACUUACAGUUGGAAUGUAUGAACAUUUUAAUAUACUAACCUGUUACCAGAAUGGCUUUUCAAACUUACCAAAUGUACUGAUAGUGCCAAAAAAGAAUCUCAGAAAUCUUAAUGCAGAAAUUAUAUAUUCUCCUCAGAUUUUAAUAUUUUUCUUUCUUUCCUGGCAUAGCUGUUGUAUUCAAAAUGUGUUUUUGCUUUCUGUUCAGUUAGUAUUGUUAGCUUGUUUGAAGUUGGCAAAAAAAAAAUAAGGAGAAGAAAAACUUCAACAUUUUUUCAGCAAUGGGUGAGAAUAGUAAGGAGAAGCCAACAAUAGCUGGUUAUAUAAGAAAUGGAAAACGAAGUGGUAUUUCUUCUUUAAUCAAUCUGAGCACAACUACACACAUCUGGAGAUCUGAAGUCAGAUAGCAAGGAUGUGGUACCAUCCUCCUGAGUGCAUAGCUAAACAUCUCCAGUUCAUCCAGCCCACUUACCACACACAUCAGGUCAGUAUUUCCUGCCAACACAGUGGAGUAUCUUCUCGUUGCUUUCCUCGGUCUCUGUCUUUGGUUUAGCUGAAUGUCUAGCCCUUCAGCAAAGUUUUAAAACACGCUAUUUUUUUUAAAUUUUCUUCAAAUACAUUCAAAUUACAGCAUGACAAACUGGAAAAAGUUCAAAGUAAUGAUGCAUUUAACAUCUUGCAGUAAAAAAAUCCUAAUCAUAAAGAUUCAGAAUAUGUUGAUUCACUAAAAUUAUAGCAUUUUAAUGCAGAAAAAUUAUAAUUUUGGAGCUUGGGUUGUCUUAUUUUUAGUGGAUAACCCUCAUCACUGAAAUUAUUCAGGUUUUUGGUGGGGGGUUAUAGUUAUAGUGACCCAUGUCUUAUCAAGAAAUACUUAGAUUCACUAUGCUUUAAGAAAUUAUUGAAAUUGACCCUUUUAUAUAAGACACAAAAGUCUUUACAAAAGGGAUCUUGUUUCUAAAGUUCUAUGAUGUGUGCAUUUUUCUAAAACCCAGCCACAAAAGUCGUUUUCUACGAGUAUGUGUCAUGAAGCAUGCUUUUGAAAACAUGUGUGAUUACUUUUACAUUAACUUGUCUUCCCCUAGGCUUUCAGAGCAUGUGCCAGUUCAAUCAUUUUCCUGAUGAAGAAAUACAUUUCAUGUUCUUAAUUAGUUAAAUAUACCCUAAACCCCACCACAGCCUACCAUAUACCUUCCCUCUUGUUCACAGUAUAUAACCCUGUUUAGCUCAUCAUGAGGGUACCUACCAUUCUGUAUGUCAUCUCGUCCAUCAGUCAAUACAAUUCAACAUGGGCUCAGCAAAAUUUCAAAGUUAACAUGUGGUACUGGCUUGUGCAGUUCUUUUGUCAUCUAGUGAAUCUUACAAAACUUUCAGUUCAGAAAUUUAGAAGAGCUAUAGCCAUCAUGCUCUUUACUCAACAUAUAACCUGCCAUUACUGAAUACUUUGUUAAAACACAGAAGAGCAUUUUCCAGCAAACAAAACUAUAUUACAUGUACAGCACAUAUUUGCAUGAGAAAGAAAACAUUAGCCAAAACAUUUUUCUAUAUGCUUUACUGGUUUCUUGUUUGUGUGCAUUAAAGUAUUUAAUUGCAAAGAGUGCACCAAGGUGUAUAAAUUUAGACUAGACAGCUGUCCAGCUUUUUCUGUGGUAGCAUUAGCAAUUGGUCAUUUAACUACUUUAAGAUAUUUACAUUUUAUGGCAGGUAGCUGUAACAGCAUUUUCCAUAUAUCCCCUAGUCUGCGAGAUUACCAUUUCUUUUUGGAAAGCCUUUCAACCCUUGUUUCUAGUCUUCAUGUCAUAUUGACAGAGGGAGUUCCAUUCAAUAACUGUACACAGAACCCAUCUAUCAUUUACCUUCAAAUGUCCAUACUCAUUUCGCUUUGCAUUCUUAUUCAAAUGCUAACAAUCUUUGAAAGGAUAUGAUGUAUAUUUUCUUGAUGAUAUAGUUAAAAUUGCUCUUUAAUUUUACAUAUUUUUCACUUUCCUUCUGUAAUAAGUUUAUCUUCUUCAAGUGAAUAAGAGAUGCACAUCUUCCUUUUUUAAAAGCCUUAGAAUUUAUUAUGUAAAUGAUACUAACAUCAAGAUAUAUACUAAAUAAAAUUUUAUUUUUUCGAGCACAUUAAGCACCUUUGGAAAAUAUGUAUUCCAGUAAUACCUUGUUUUUAAUUAUUUUAAAAUAACAAGUAAUGAUAAGCAGGAGAAACAAUUCUUAUAAUAAUAUUUUCAAGUUGUUUAACUUGUAGUUUAAAUCACAUAUUAGGAUUCUUUAGUUUCAGUCCAAAGACAUAAUAAUGUCACACUGUGGAAAUGUAGUCAUGGAAAAGAAAAGAAUGCAGUUUUUGAUCCUACUGUUAACUCUCAAGGCCAUAAUGUGACUCCAAUAGUAUAUAACCAACAAUGUUACCUUGUUUACUCCAGUAUUUAGUGCAACGCUUAGGCAGGUUUGUGAAUGACUGGAUUCUCUCUUAUCUUUAUACAGUUAGUUCUAUUGGAAAGAAGAUUGGAAUUGUUAACAAUUUAGAGUAAUGGUCUUACCCACGAAGAGAGUCUUAAUUUUGUGACUCUAUUAAGUUAUUGCAUUUUGUCCUUAAUGAAAUGAACUUUUUAAAUGUGAAACAAAUUCUGAGACAAGUAUUUGUUCCCUUUAAGUGAUUUGUUAUUUACUCUAAUUAUUGUUGUUCUUGAAAAAUGUAUUUUUGGAAUGUUAACCUCUUUUCAUACCUGCAUACUUGAACUUGUCUUCAGUGUGGGGGCCUUAAAAUUCAUAAUAGAUAGUAGAGGCUGUGAAAGGGAGUGAGAGAAGGAAAUUGUGGCAAAAGAUAGUUUGGAAAUUUAAACUCGUUAAAUGAACAUAUCAUAAAACAUUGUUGAGACCCAAGGUGUCAGUUAGCAUUGUUUCUAGGCAACCUUGAUUUGUAGUUCAUAUAUUUUCUUAGUUAUAUAAUUUUAUUUUCAUAUUUGCUAAGAAAAAUACAAAACAACAUGAUACCCCUAUACAAUUGCUCUGUGUAUUAAUAUUUUUUAAUACAUCUCCUUGGUCCAUCUUUAAGUAGAAAGAGUACUCAUCCAAUUAAGAUUGUCAUCAAAUUUUCUACUGUUAACUUCACUGCAAUCUUUAAAGUAUGAAGUGUUAAAAUCCCAUAAUGCUUUUGUCAUCCUUUCAUUUCUUCCAUGUUGAUAAUGUUUUCUCUGUACGGAUUCACAGUUGAUGAAAAGUGAAUAACUGAACAUAUAAGUCAUCAUAGGAAGCAAACCAAACUGUGAAGAAACGUGUUUAUAAUACCUAAUGCUAGGUCUGAAAAACAGUAUGUCUAAAGUCUUAAUGUUUAAAUGCGGCUGGUUUGCAAAUUCAAAUUUUGUUAAUCUUCGAUUUCUAUGGAUACCAAGAGCAUGACUUAGCAACUUAUUGGGUAAGAAUAUUCAUUAUCUUGGACUCUGGGUGUAAUGGGGACAAACUUCAUAACAAUGUUCAAAUAAAUGCUUAUGUAAUUCUUAUUUCUUUUGUAUUUCUGCCUUUGUCUUUUAUGGCAAUGUUGCAUGGUGGUUAUUUUUUUUGAUUAUAUAAAACUCAUCCUUAAGUAACUGUGGGACACUUUAUAAGAAAUUAUGUAAUAAAAUCUGUUUCAUUAGUUCUUUAUAUCUUUAAAUACUGCAAUACUUUAACUGUGAACUAGGGUCCUUACUUUGUGUGUAAGUUGCAAUGAAUUGUCUCUUCUUUUAAAUUAUAAUCAUGAUCAAACCAGUCAAUAUAAGAGCUGUUAGACAAAAGAAUACUUUUUUAUUGUUGAGUUCAGCAAUCGAGUUAGUCAAGAUAGUAACAUAUGUUUAUAUGGGCUGGAAAUACAGCAUUCACAAAUUUCUUUUUGAAAGUUUCAUCAUUUAUUAAAAGGGUCUUUAUCCAAUGAAACACAUCCUCCGAUACCAACUGUCUCCAUCUACUUUUAAAUAAUUUAAUGCCAGAUGCUCCAUGUAAUUGAAGGAUAUUAUGGGAAGACUAGACAGUUUCUCAGCAUGCCAUCUUAAGGGCUGUAACUCCCACUUCCCAUGGAAAAAUAUAUAAAUAAUAGUGAAUAGCACUGAGUUUUGGGGAGUCAUUGUUUCAUGUGCAACUUUUGUUUCUUUUGAUAGAUCUAAAAUGUUUGCAGAGAGAUGGUAGAAAAUGUUAGUAAUGGUUUUAGAGUGGUUUGGACACAGAUACUUCCUCACUUGAAAAUUAGAAGGAAUUAAGCUGAGAAGAACACAAAGUGGCUGGCCUCUAGCUUUUCAAUAUUUUGUAAGUGUUCUUGGUUCUGUUUGAACACUUACAUUUCUCAACAAAUGGCUAUGUCGAUAUUUAUGUAGGGGCCUCUCUUGCCCUCUUUGCAUGUAACUUUCACACAGUUUUAAAUGAAAUCAGUGUGAAUUCUGUAUGCAUAUGGGAUGUGUUACAGAUAUGGGAUCAUUAACGCUAUAUUGUUGCAAACUAUUUUUCAUAUGCCUUACACUAUUUUCUGGGAUGAUAUUAAAAAUGAAAGCAUUUAUUGCCAAAAUAAUCUAUGUUGUUACUUCUGCAUUAGCAGUAGAAAAAUAAUGUAGCAAAAAUAUAUAUUGUACAGUACAAAAUUAUAAUAUAUAUAUAUUUUGCCAAUAAUAUGAAAAUAGAUUGAGGAGAAAGAAGCACAUUUGUUAUAGCACAAACUUACCACAAAAUCCACUGUUAAUUUGGCAGUCCUAUUUUUUACAAGUGUAUAGAUUUGGUUCCAUGUUUUAUUUGAUUUAUUUCAUCUAGCAUCUUUUUAACUUCCUGCUUGCAAUUUAUUUCAUAGCCUUGCAAUCUGUGGAUAUAGUUUAUUUUACUCCCAUACAUAUGAACUUAUUAAAUUUUAUUUUGUGAUAAGACUUACAGUAUAUUUUCUGUUCUUAUUUCUUCUCCUUCAAUAACAACUACAAAAUGUCACUCCAAGUGACAGGGCUCCUCUGAACUUUGGGCAUGUUUGAAAUUUUCUUUUUGUAUUUUUCACAACCUCAAAAGAUUAAAAAAAAAGGUCCCAGUGAAACAAAACUAUUGGGAUUAUUUAAUUUGUUCUGUACCAGAUACUAUUUUGAAACUUAAGCCCAUCCAUUUUGUUUUUGAAGGGGGUGGAUGGGAAUUUUUUAAAAGUUAUUAAUAUAAAACAUUCUAAAAAUAAAUAUGGCAAAGUGAUAUAAAAUAAUUUUCCCCCUACUCUUCUGAUAUCCCAGGUUAUGUUCCGUCUCCAUUGGUACAGUAGGGGGAAAUGCCAUUGUCAAAUAAUUUUUUCCUUUAAACUUUAAUUCCUUAUUUUGAUGAUCUAUCCCCUCUUUUAUUAUAUAGGUAUGUGUAGCAUUCUACAAGGCAUGCUGGGUAAAAUAUACUAUGCAAAUGUGUACAGUGCUGCAUGUUUUAUUCUCCCUCUGCUUUUAGUGGCUUUAAGGGGAAAAAAUGUGGUGUUAUUUUUGUGAACAAAGACAUUUAACAAAGAAAAUGCAGAGCGCAUGCAUACAAUAUCCUAAUUUCUAUGGAUUUGUUUUAUGGAAUUUAAAUGUGUACAAAACAAC